AUGCUUUCAGACUUUCUUCCUUGUUUAAGUAAAAAUUUAUUGAAUUUACUCCAAGACGCUGACGAUUAUAAUGUUAGUAUUCAAGUAGGAGAAAAUGAAGAUAUAAAAGAAUUUCGAGCACAUUCAAAUAUAUUAAGAGCUCGUUCACCAUAUUUUAAAAUUGCUUUAUCAAGUGAUUGGGUUAAAAAAGAAAAUGGUAUCAUUGUAUUUAUCAAACCGAAUAUUUCUCCUACCGUUUUUGAAAUAAUUUUAAGGUACAUUUAUGCAGGAAUAUUGGACUUGGAUAGAUUUAUAGGGGAAGAUAUAUUAGAUUUACUGGUGGCAGCGGAUGAAUUACUAUUAGAAGAAUUAAUUUAUCACGUACAAAUUCAUUUAAUACAAAAACAAUCAAGAUGGGUUCAAAAGAAUAUGGUAGAGGUAUUACAUACCGUAUUUAAACUUGUAACUUGUAAAAAAAUGCAAGAUUAUUGUCUAGAAAAGAUUUGUGAAGACCCUACAACUUUUUUCACCUUAAAAAAUUUUACUACUUUAGAUAGUGAUAUUUUUUAUUUAUUAUUAUCUAGGGAUGAUUUACAAAUUGAAGAAGUUUUGGUUUGGGAUUAUUUAAUUAAAUGGGGGACCUAUCAAAAAAAAUUAUUAGAAUCUGAAUAUGAUGAUUAUCAAAGUGAACAAAGUGAGCAAAGUGAACCAGAGAAUCAACAACAACAACAACAACAACAACAAGAACAAGAACAAGAACAAGAACAACAUCAGCAUCAUCAUCAUCAUCAAAAACAACGUCAUCAAAAAAAUUGUUCAAUUAAUUCAACUUCAUCAGUAUCAUCAUCGGAUGCAUCUGAUGCAUCUGCUACAUCUUUAUCAUCAUCACCAACGUCAAAUAUUCCCACGACAAAUAUUCUUACGACAAAAUGGAAUGAAAAGAAUUUUAAAGCAUUAAAGCGUAUCCUUGGUAAAUUUAUUCCAUUAAUUAGAUUUUUUGAAAUAUCUUGGAGAGAUUUUUUCGAUCAAGUACGUCCUUACAAACCUAUAAUUCCACAAGAGAUAUAUGAAGAUAUUAUGGCUUUUCAUAUGAAUGACGUAAAACCAAAGAUGUGUACUUUAUUUCCUAGAUUGGGUCAUAUUCCUAUAGAAUCAAAUAUAGUCAAACCUAUACACGCUGCAAUUAUAUCAAAUUGGAUUGAACGUAAGGAUACGAAAUCUUUUGUAUCAACAAAUGAAUCUCAUUUAAAUUUUAAAUUACUUUACAGGGGAAGUAGGGAUGGUUUUAAUAAUAGAGAAUUUCGUUAUAAAUGUAAUAAUCGUGGUCCUUCCGUUGCUAUCAUAAAAUUAAAAUCUUCUGGUAAAAUAAUUGGUGGUUAUAAUCCUUUCGGUUGGCAAUAUAAUACUACUGCUUGGAAAAAGACCUCGGAUUCUUUUAUUUUCUCCUUAGAAAAUGGUGAAAAUUUUCAUAAAAUUAAAUUGAGUAGAGUGAAUAUACCUGUAGCUGCUAUUUAUGAACAUCAAAGUUCUGGUUUGAAUUUUGGUGGUGGUGAUUUAAAUAUGGAUAAUCAUAUUGUCUCUUGUCAAAAGAAAAUGCAAUCUUAUGAAUAUAGUAUUUUAGAUAAUGAUGCUUAUUCUGCUGAAGAAUUUGAAGUAUUUUCUACUUCAAUGAAUUACGUAUGA